AGUCUGUACUUUCCUUGUUUUUCUCUUCUUCUCAGAAUGGAUUUUGUGGACACCUUAGAACGAUCCAGACGCUGUAUGAAGAAAGAUCUUCCUGAGCUCAUCAACAUUGAUAAACGUCUUAAUCCUCAGGCAUUUAGGGGGAAGGACGACAAAGAGAAAGCUAUGAAGCAAGAAACACUGCCAGAUCUUCUCUCUAGUGACAUGCAUCGGAAGAUGAUGAGGAAGAAAUGGGAGGCUGAGGAGGAAGAAAUGAGGAGCCGAGGUCCUGGGCCUCUUCACUACCAGAACCUCAAGUUUGAUGAAGAGUCGCAAUGGGACAGGGUGAAGAAGCAAGUACAUGAAGAGCGCCCUCAAGAGUUUGCUCCUCCACAGCAGUACAACUGGAUGAUGCCAUCGAUGAGACAAACUCCAAAGAAGAAGAGCAAGUUUGCGUCCACAGAAAGUUGCGACGGUUCGCUCCUCCUAGUAAUUCUGCAAAGUGGAACAUGAGACAGGGUUUGUCUGCAAGUACUUCGUUAGAGGCCAAGAAAUCUAAGGAUCAAGGCAGCAGGCUGGGGAAUCGAACCAAGAACCGCAAAGAACU